GUACACACCACUUCACUAUCAACUUCGCCAAACCUCCUUAAUGCUCAGCGCCAGUCGCGUGCUCUGGAUGCACAGCUGCAGCGCCGGCGACGGCUUCUUGAGCGCCAACACGUCGCGCAUCGUCAACUAACUCGCACCUCUUCAAGCAGUAUCAUGUCACUCAAGCGAGGGGAAAACUUCCGUAGUACCAAAUGUAGGUGUGAAAGGUUUCAAUUUACGGUGUGUUGGUUAGUGACCGUGCUCAAAGCUCAAAGCACACCGAUCGAGGGCUGCCUGUCGCUCAACUCGAUCCACCCGGUCGCCAUGCAGGACGGCGGCGAGCUGCACCCGGCGCAGGUGCUCAAGAGCGGGCACGACGUGGGCUCGAGCCACUACGCGGGCGGCGUGCCGCCCCACAAGCGCAUGCGCAAGCCCAUCGUGCGCAAGAGUGUGGACCCGAACGCCACCUUCAUCAACUACGUGACGCAGCGCCGCUUCGUGCUGGCGCGCAGCGUGCGGUCGCACGCGCUGCCGCCGCACUCGUUCUACAAGAAGCAGAUGCUGCCGCCCAUGGCCUACGCCGGGGACGACGACCUGGCCUCGUGCGUGUGCACCAAGUUCUGCCGCUGCUCGACCAACAAGCAGCGCUGCCCCGUCAACUGCCUCACGUGGACGCCCGAGGGCCGCCGCCUCAUCACGGGCAAUUCGGUGGGCGAGUUCACCCUUUGGAACGGCCUGGCCUUCAACUUCGAGACCAUCCUGCAGGCCCACGACGACGCUGUGCGCGCCAUGGUGUGGUCGCACAACGACAACUGGCUGGUCACGGCCGACCACGGCGGCGUCAUCAAGUAUUGGCAGUCUAGCAUGACCAACGUGCAGCUGCUGCAGGGACACAGGGAGGCGGUGCGCUCGCUCAGCUUCUCGCCCACGGACUUCAAGUUCGUGUCGUGCUCGGACGACGCGACCGUCAAGAUCUGGGACUUUGAGAGCGGACGCGAGGAGCGCGUGCUCACAGGACACGGCUGGGACGUCAAGUGCGUGGCCUACCACCCGCAAAAGUGUCUGCUUGCCAGUGGCAGUAAGGAUAACCUGGUGAAGAUCUGGGACCCCAAGUCGGGCAAUAGUCUCAACACGCUGCACGGACACAAGAACACCGUCUUCAAGGUCGCCUGGAACUCGAACGGCAACUGGCUGCUCACGGCCAGUCGCGACCAGCUCAUCAAGAUCUACGACAUCCGGAUGCUCAAGGAGUUUGCCACGCUCAAGGGCCAUGCUCGUGAGGUUACAUCUAUUGCGUGGCACCCGUGGUAUGAGCGUCUCUUUGUCAGUGGCUCGUACGACGGAUCGCUCAUGUACUGGGAAGUUGGGUACGUCUGUCUCCCUGUGCUGCUUCACAUCGGGUGCUGCGCUUUCAGCUACUAACGGCAGUUCUUGUUGUAUGGUUCACAGUAAGGAGAACGCGCUGGCGUCCAUUCCUCAGGCACACGACACGGCGGUGUGGGAUAUUCAGUGGCACCCGGUUGGCCACGUCGUCGCGACUGGAAGGUAUGUCCGCUUCUCAUUUCGGCAUGAAUGUUCAUGAGGUUCAGCGCAACUAAUGUGUUUUUAUUAUUUGGUUACAGUAAUGAUCACAGUACGAAGUUCUGGUGUCGCAACCGUCCGGGAGACCCGAUGGAUGACAAGUACAAUGGCGGCCAGACCGUGCUCAACGAGCACGAAGCUGGAGAAGGAAUGGCGCAUAUGCGAGGAGGCCUGAACAACGCAGAAGUGCUACCUGGCAUGGCGGACGGUGCCAGCAGCCUCCGCUCCAGUGCCAUCAAUGUUGCGAACUUCCAGACAUUCAACAAGUCAGCUGACAACCGCGCAAAUGGUGGUCGUCGCCCGCCGCCCGAGUCAUACACGUGCAACCGCUGCGGGACCAAGGGCCACUGGAUCGAGGACUGCCCCACGAAGGACCAGCACAACCCGAACGGCCAGAUGCAGCGCAAGAUUCCGCCUGAAGGCUACUUGUGCAAGCGCUGCAACGUUCCUGGUCAUUACAUCUCGGACUGCACAGAGCCUAAGGUGCCGCCGCCGUCGUACACGUGCCACAAGUGCCGCCAGAAGGGUCACUGGAAGCAGGACUGUCCGAUGGACGGCAACGGCGCGAUCAGCGCGCUGCUCAGCCAGAUCCGUCCUCCCGGUGGAGCGGGUUCCGGUGGCGUUCCGCCUCCGCCGCCCUCCGCUCGAGGGUUCCCGCCACGGGGCAUGAUGCCGCCGCCUCCGCCUGCUGCAGGAGCAGGGGCCGGAUUGCUGGUGCCGCCGCCACCCCCGCCUCAUAUUCUUGCUGGAAUGAAGCGCGCUCGCGAAGAUGACGGCGGCAAUGGUGUGGGUAUGCCUCCGCCGCCUAUAAACGGCUGGCCGCCCAUGGCAGGAGCCUCGGCCCGUCCAGGGCCACCUCCAGGUCCGCCCGGAGGCGCAAUGCCGCCGCCGCCCGGGCUAUUGGGUCCGCUGGGCCAGCCCGACCUGAAGAAGCUGAGCCGCGACCCGAGGCGGAGGUAGAUGCGCUCCAAUCGUCGAACAGCGGAACCCGAUCGAUCGUCACCGAGACGGUUGGACACCUACGGGAGGAAGAGCCUAGUGACAGUAGUAGCAGCAUUGCCCGACAAUCAAUAACGUUAGUGAAAUGCAAGCGGAACCAUGGCCCAUGUCAAACGUGCGGCGAUCUGAUCGCCUGCUGCCGAGUGAUGUGAUGAUGAUGCCGGCAGGUUUGUUUGCGCGGCACUUGAAGUUCGGUUCAACUUGACCCCCCGAGCUCGUUUCGGAUGUGAAAAAUCCAUGCGUCUAACAACGACGCCACCCCAAGCAGCCCCCAAGCAUUGCAGGAGGAGC